AUUCCGAUGCUGCCACGGCUGCUGUGUGAUCACCUGUGCAGCUUGCACCCUGGUGAGGACAAACUGACCUUCUCAGUGGUCUGGACACUGACCUCCGACGGUCGGGUGCUGAGUGAAUGGUUUGGCCGCUCCAUCAUCCGGUCGUGCUGCAAGCUGAGCUACGAGCACGCACAGGACCUGCUGGACGACCCCGAUCGGGAACGUGCCCCAGGCGAGUUGCCGGAUGUGUUUGGCAAGCACACGAUUGGCGAGAUAGCCGAAUGUCUGCAUGUUCUGCGUGGCAUGACAGAGUCCAUGCGUAGACGCCGCUUUGACGGGGGAGCCUUGCGACUAGACCAGGUCAAGGUGGUCUUCUCGCUUGGCAAGAACUUCCAGCCAUACGGGUUUUCUGUCUACGAGCACACCGAGAGCCACCGGCUGAUUGAGGAGCUGAUGCUGCUGGCCAACAUGGCCGUGGCCCACCGGCUGUACAAGGCGUUUCCCGAGGAGGCCUUUCUGCGCUCGCACCCUCCACCCGAUGACGCCCAACUGGUGGAGGUGGAGGCACUGUGCACUGCUUAUGGGGUCCCCCUGGACACCACCUCAGCCGGCACUCUGCAGGCCUCCCUGAACGCUAUGGUGGGCACAGACGAGCUGUCGCAUGCCAAACUCAACGUGCUCACACACAUGCUCUCCAAGCCCAUGAAGAUGGCCGUCUACUUCUGUGCGGGGCGGCGAGAGGAUCCCUUCUCGUUUUCCCACUACGCUCUCAACGUGCCUCUCUACACGCACUUCACGUCACCCAUCCGGCGCUACGCCGACAUUGUGGUGCACCGGCAGCUGGCAGCUGCCCUCGGUUGUGGACCUGCCGUGGCGUUGAGUGCUUCGGAGUUGCAGUCGGUGGCCGACCACUGCAACGACAACAAGUACAAGGCACGCACUGUGCAGGAGCUGAGCAUCGACCUGUUCCUGCAUGCCUUCGUGGAACAGUGUGGCUCGCUCGAGGACAAGGCCAUGGUGACGGCCGUGCUUGAACACGCCUUUGACGUACUCGCGCUCAGCGUCGGCAUGGUCAAGCGCGUCUACUGUGAUCUCGAUGAGGCGGAGGUUGGGCCAUGCAUCUGCAGCCUGUUCGUCGACAAUGCCACUUUCGCCGUGGAUAGGCUUCGAUGA